AUGGAGAAACUUGCGGAGCCUGGCUUGCCGCCCCUGGGGACGUCUGCGCCUCCCGGGAGGACUUCGGGCUGCUCCGGGUCUGGGGAGACGGCCCUGGGGGUUGGGAAGGUCGACGCAGCUGGAGUGAGGUCCUCCAGCCGAGGGCGGGGCGGGGAGAAGGGAGGCCUCGGCCGGCACCCGGGGCGCUCCACCCGGGCCGGGGUGGGCGGCGAGCCGCGGCUGACCAGCCCUCUCCCCGUCGCCCCGCGCGCCCGCGGCUCCGCCCCGAGCGCGGUCUCCCCUCCGCCAGCCGUCGUCCCACUCCGCCGCUGGCUCCCGCUCCACCUCCCUCCAGUAGGCGUGGGGGCAGGAAUUCCGCCGGAGAACGCAGCCGGGGCUCAGUGCCCUGGAGGGCGGGGCGGGGCCGGGCCGCCGGGGGCCGCGCCCUCCCCCGGGCCGCCGCCUUGCUCUUCCCCCUCCGGGGCUCCAGCUCUCCUCCCCCCUACCUCCCCCCCCAAUCCUCCCGCGCAGCUCCCGGCUCCUCCGGUUCUCCGCCUCCCCUGCACUCCUGCUCCCUGCCCCCUACCCACGCUCCGGCUCCCGUGCUUCUUUCCCCAGGCUCCUCCCCUGCGCUCCUCCCUACUCCCCUCUAAUGUUUCCCUCCUCUCCUGCCCUGGUGCCCCUUCUUGCUCUCCCUUCGCCCUUACUCCCCCUUCCUCCCCGAUUCUGUUCCCUUCCUUUCCUCCUUACCACCUCCUCCAGAUCCCCUCCUCUCCACCACCCCUCUCUCCAGCUCGCCUCUCGUCUUCCCACUCAGCUCCUCCCGCGCGCCCCUUCUCCCUUCUCCCACCACCUCUCCUGCUUGGCUCCCUCUUUCCUCCAGUGUUCCUCCUCCGGACCCCUCCUCCUUCCUCUCCCUUGCCCCUCUCUCCAGCUCCCCUCCCCUCUUUCCUCCCCUGCUCCUCUUCCCGGUCUGCGGAGCUCCCACGCGGUUGCUAUGGAGGCGCCAGAGGCUGCCUGCGGCCGGGCGGGAGCUGCCCUGGGGCCCCGGGGACGGAGCUGUGACUCUGCCCUGGGCUCUGGCGCCUCGCCCCCUCGGGGCCCCGGAACAAAGAGCGCCCUCCCCCAUCUCGGGAGUGCACUGAGACCUCCAGGCGCCCCAGGCCCGGAGGCUUAAGACCACCGCGGAUCUUCUCUCCCCCAACCUCUGUUGACUGGACCCCUGGGGUCGGAGUGACAGCUGUGCGCCACCGAGCUACCUUCCUGGUCCCCCGAAGAUCACUCCCGCUCUCCCCAUCCCCACCCCCGUGCUGGAGGUGUCAGUGAGGCUGGGGGACGGCCAGAUGGCCCCAUUUAACAGGACUGUCCCCUUUUGUUGGGGGCCGAAGCAGCGUCCAGGCCAAUUUACAUAGGAAAAUGGGGUUUGUGUCCCCAAUUCAGUGCAGUGCCCCGACAGCUGGUGGCUCUGUCAUCAUGUCAGGACCCCACAGCUUGAUGUUUAAAGUGGCUUUAUGUGUGCAGAUGUGUGAGUGUGAAUAGCAAUUGAUUGGGAACCGGUAGCUAUUAGUCUGCCUUGGAGAAACUCAGCGUUCGUAGAGAAAUAUUAUCAGCCUGGUCACCGCAUAAGAUCAUGGAAUGGAAAAGUCUUCCGAAGACUUCUGAUGCUCUCUUAUAGAACUAAGGCUUAUUUUAUCCAGAAAUCUAAGAAGCCAAACAAUUGGGAUCUGAGGAGGAUUUUUAAAUCGUUAUCAUUUACGCUUUCCUGCUUGUAAAAGUUGUAAGGCUGAACAUGAAAAGCAUAAGAAAAACUGCCAGGACUUAAAAAAAUUGACGAAAAGAUCUCAUCUAAUUCAUUUGAUUAAACUACUUUAACUCUGCUAGCUUGUGUCCAGGGCCAUAGCCUGCAACAGGCUGAACAUUACCAUUAGUUUGUAAUCAGUAGUUUAAACCUGUGCACUUAAGUGAUAGAAUGUUAGGGACUUUAAUUCUUAUUUUACUAGGGAGGAAUUUGAAUCUCAGAGAGGUUAAGUGAUUUGCCCAAAGUCAUACAAUUCUGGAAUAUGAUCUGUUGUUAGAAUCCAGAAAAGAUAAUGGAAAGGGAAGAUUUAAGACAGGAGAUUAGAAGCCCCUGAAAAUACCUUAAUCAGGAAGCUCUCAAACCUUUCCACCAGUCCGCUGGAGCCACCAACAGGUAACUCCCCAGAAGACAAGGGAUUGAAAAAUUUUUCCCCUCUGCCUUUAUACAUUCAGCUUUAGCUCAAGACUGUACCAGAGCCAAUUCUAGCCACUAGAAUCUUCCAGAACUCUGAACUGGAACUGUUGACUUUGUUUCUGUCAGUGUAACCAUUUUGUGAUAAGAUGAAAAUUGCAUGGUUAAAAUGGAAUGAAAUGGGAAAUCAAAGCUGACCUGGAACCCUCUGGUUAUGUUUUCAGGUGAGUGGACAAGAUGACUACAAUGGAACCUGCAUUCACCUUGCUAGAAGGCAUGCCCAUGGGACUUUCUUUAGCUGAAGAAAUGCAUUUAGAGGUGAUUUGUGUCACAUCAAACAGCUGCCUGACCACAGAAACCAUAGAGGCAUGUCAAGAUGCUCCAUCAGCUUGGUUUCCUAGGUGACUCAGAUGAGCAGAGACCCGGUGACAACCUGCACUGAACACACAGGAAGCACGAGGAACAAACUUGCUACGCUACGUCACCGUUGGUUUUGUUUGUUACUGCUGCAUGACUUGGUCUCUCCCGAUUGGCAGACAUCAGUAUUUCUACACAGGGGAGCAGCGGAGGCAGGUAUGGUGUCCUGAAGUGACAGCAGGAAUAAUAAAACGCAGCAGUGUGGGCUUUCCUGGUGACACCUGCAGUUAUGACCCUGGCUUGAGAAUCCAUUAAUUCUUCUCCAUCUGCUUGGAUCAAUACCUUAGGCAACUCUGGGCACUAUGGUUCUGUGAAGGGCAGAGCCACGUUCCUGUUGAAAUGUACUGUAAAAACCUGGGACAAUGUCAACAUGGAAAAUAGUGCUUAUUCUCUGUAUAGUUAAUGGAAAAUUGUUAUAUUUGUUAAUAAUGUCACAUCUCUUUGACAUUAAUAUUAACAUAAGAUCUUUCCAAUAAAUUAACACAAUUUCUCACCCCAAAGUGGAGAAAUCCUGAAUCUUGCUCAAGGUCACCAAUUAGCAGCAGAGAUGGAACUCAAACUCAGGACUUCAUGACUCCUUGACUAUGCCCAGCCCCCUUCUCUUGGGGAGCAUUGUAAAGUAAUUAAAGGGUGACAUUUUCUACAAUACUUUUAAGCUUCAACACUGUUAUUUUGCUUCUAUAGAAAGGAUUACAGAAAAAAUGUUUCUGUGUUGAUGUAAAGUAUGAUGGCAUGUUGCUAAUGCCAUGAAUGUUGCAUUUUCCUUAGAAUAAAAAAUAUACAAAGAAAAGUAAAUAGUUUCCUGGAUAUCACUUCAUCCAAACCCUUCCUUCUUAUCUCUGAAGAGAAUAAUCAUAAUAGAUUACUAGCAAAACCAUUACUGAGUGACUAUUCUGGGGCCAAGCACAGUGUGCAGCCUGAUGUCUAGUUGCUGACAUUUAAUGCUCACAAUGACCUGUGAUGUCAGUACUAGGUUAGACCCGUUUUACUGAUGAGGAACUGAGGCUUACAGAGCUUAUGUAAUUUGUCUAAGUUUUACAGCAGGCAAGCAUCUUAGUAGUAAUCACAACCACACCAUUUAUUUUACCCUUGUACCUGAGGAAGUCUCAUAUCUGGGAAAAAAAAUAAUUUCCACAAAUGAAAAAAAAAAUAAUUAAACCAACUCAGAAAUGAGUUGAAGUAACAGAUUUAAGCUUUGCUUUUUGGAAGCUGGCUUCAGUGGAGACAUGUUAAUCUUGUCAAUUUCCCUAGAAAAUUAAUUUGCUUUGCAGCAAAGUCUUGGGAUGGUGUAUAUUAAACAUUACAAAUAAGCUAGACCCAGUCUGCCUUUAGCCAGGCACAAAUUGCACACUUUAGAGGGGGGAGAAAAAGCAGUAAAUUAAGACAAAGCAAUGUGAAACAUUUUUCAUUUAAAGAAAAGCUAGCCGCUUAAUAUAUUUUCUAGCUACAGGGUCUUGACCCUUCGAGGAUGUUGAAAGGGAAGGAAUAACAGGAUUGAUUACAGAAGGGGAAAAACAUCAACUUUAGAAAGGUUUUGGCAGAUUAGAUGACAUUAUGAUGCCUGUCAUGACUUCCUCCUGCCAAAAUGAGAUUCAUUAAAGAAAACUCUUCGCUAAAUUAAAACUCUCCUCACCAAUCUCCUCCCCUCCAGAUGUUAACAACCCACUGCAGCCUGUUGGACAGCAUGGCUGUGGGUGAUCAGUGGAGAUGCUUUGUAACAUUCUUUAUUUUUUUUUUUAAUUUUUUUAAAAUUUUAAAAAAUUAACAUCCAAAUUAGUUAGUAUAUAGUGCAAAAAUGAUUUCAGGAGUAGAUUCCUUAGUGCCCCUUACCCAUUUAGCCUAUCCCCCCGUCCCAUAACCCCUCCAGCAGCCCUCCGUUUGUUCUCCAUAUUUAUGAAUCUCUUAUGCCUUGUCCCCCUACCUGUUUUUAUUAUUUUUGUUUCCCUUCCCUUAUGUUCAUCUGUUUUGUCUCUUAAAGUCCUCAUAUGAGUGAAGUCAUAUGAUUUUUGUCUUUCUCUGACUGACUCGUUUCACUUAGCGUAAUACCCUCCAGUUCCAUCCACGUAGUUGCAAAUGGCAAGAUUUCAUUCUUUUUGAUUGCCGAGUAAUACUCCAUUGUAUAUAUAUACCACAUCUUCUUUAUCCAGUCAUCCAUCGAUGGACAUUUGGGCUCUUUCCAUACUUUGGCUAUUGUUGAUAGUGCUGCUAUAAACAUGGGGGUGCAUGUGUCCCUUCGAAACAGCACACCUGUAUCCCUUGGAUAAAUACGAGUAGUGCAAUCGCUGGGUUGUAGGGUAGUUCUAUUUUUAGUUUUUUGAGGAACCUCCAUACUGUUUUCCAGAGUGGCUGCACCAGCUUGCAUUCCCACCAACAAUGCAAAAGAGAUCCUCUUUCUCCGUAUCCUCGCCAACAUCUGUUGUUGCCUGAGUUGUUAAUGUUAGCCAUUCUGACAGGUGUAAGGUGGUAUCUCAUUGUGGUUUUGAUUUGUAUUUUCCUGAUGAUGAGUGAUGUUGAGCAUUUUUUCAUGUGUCACUUGGCCAUCUGGAUGUCUUCUUCGGAGAAGUGUCUAUUCAUGUCUUUGCCCAUUUCUUCAUUGGAUUAUUUGUUUUUUGGGUGUUGAGGUGAUAAGUUCUUUAUAGACUUUGCAUACUAACCCUUUAUCUGAUAUGUCAUUUGCAAAUACCUUCUCCCAUUCUGUUGGUUGCCCUUUAGUUUUGCUGAUUGUUUCCUUCACUGUGCAGAAACUUUUUUUCUUGAUGAGGUCCCAGUAGUUCAUUUUUGCUUUUGUUUCCCUUGCCUCCGGAGAUGUGUUGAGUAAGAAGUUGCUGCGGGCAAGAUCAGAGAGGUUUUUGCCUGCUUUCUCCUCGAGGAUUUUGAUGGCUUCCUGUCUUACAUUGAGGUCUUUCAUCCAUUUUGAGUUUUUUUUUUGUGUCUGGUGUAAGAAAGUGGUCCAGGUUCAUUCUUCUGCAUGUCGCUGUCCAGUUUUCUCAGCACCACUUUCUAAGAGACUGUCUUUAUUCCAUUGGAUAUUCUUUCCUGCUUUGUCAAAGAUUAGUUGGCCAUACGUUUGUGGGUCCAUUUCUGGGUUCUCUAUUCUGUUCCAUUGAUCUGAGCGUCUGUUCUUGUGCCAGUACCAUACUGUCUUGAUGAUUGCAGCUUUGUAGUAUAGCUUGAAGUCUGGGAUUGUGAUGCCUCCUGCUUUGGUUUUCUUUUCCAAGAUUGCUUUGGCUAUUUGGGGUCUUUUCUGGUUCCAUACACAUUUUAGGAUUAUUUGUUCUAGCUCUGUGAAGAAUGCUGGUGUUACUUUGAUAGGGGUUGCAUUGGAUAUGUAGAUUGCUUUGGGUAGUAUCGACAUUUUAACAAUAUUUGUUCUUUCUAUCCAGGAGCAUGGAAUCUUUUUCCUUUUUUUGUGUGUCUUCUUCAAUUUCUUUCAUAAGCUUUCUGUAGUUUUCAAUGUAUAGAUUUUUCACCUCUUUGGUUAGAUUUAUUCCUAGGUAUUUUAUGGUUUUUGUGCAACUGUAAAUGGGAUCAAUUCCUUGAUUUCUCUUUCUGUUGCUUCAUUGUUGGUGUAUAGGAAUGCAACUGAUUUCUGUGCAUUGAUUUUAUAUCCUGCAAGUUUGCCAAAUCCUAAUAAUUCUAAUAAAUUCUAAAUUCUAAUAAUUAAUUCUAGCAGUUUUUUGGUGGAAGCUUUUGGGUUUUCCAUAUAGAGUAUCAUGUCAUCUGCGAAGAGUGAAAGUUUGACCUCCUCCUGGCUGAUUUGGAUGCCUUUUAUUUCUCUGUGUUGUCUGAUUGCAGAGGCUAAGACAUCCAAUACUAUGUCGAAUAACAGUGGUGAGAGUGGACAUCCCUGUCUUGUUCCUGACCUUAGGGAGAAAGCUCUCAGUUUUUCUCCACUGAGGAUGAUAUUAGCGUUGGGUCGUUCAUAUAUGGCUUUUAUGAUCUUGAGGUAUGCUCCUUCUAUCCCUACUUUUUGAGGGUUUUUAUCAAGAAAGGAUGGUAUAUUUUGUCAAAUUCUUUCUCUGCAUCUAUUGAGAGGAUCAUGUGGUUCUUGUUCUGUCUUUUACUGAUGUGAUGAAUCAUGUUAAUUGUUUUGCGGAUAUUGAACCAGCCCUGCAUCCCAGGUAUAAAUCCCACUUGGUUGUGGUGAAUAAUUUUUUUAAUGUAUUGUUGGAUCCGGUGGGCUAAUAUCUUGUUGAGGAUUUUUGCAUCCAUGUUCAUCAGGGAAAUCGGUCUAUAGUUCUCCUUUUUAGUGGGGUCUCUGUCUGGUUUUGGAAUCAAGAUAAUGUUGGCUUCA